UCCCACCGCCCUUCUUCAGCUUAUGCUUCUCUAACUAAUCAAUCCUAUAUUCUCUUCUUCUUAUCAACCCUUUUCAUCAUCUUCUUCAGGGGAAGGUCUCCGAUCGUUCAAUUUCUUGUCAUCGGUUUCCGGCGAGUGACAAGGUAAUGGCUGAUCGGCUGACUCGUAUUGCUAUUGUAAGCUCCGACCGUUGCAAGCCUAAAAAAUGUCGCCAAGAGUGUAAAAAGAGCUGUCCUGUUGUCAAAACAGGUAAGCUAUGUAUUGAAGUUUCUCCUGCAGCAAAAAUUGCUUUCAUCUCUGAAGAAUUAUGCAUAGGAUGUGGUAUUUGUGUGAAGAAAUGUCCAUUUGAAGCAAUUCAAAUUAUCAACCUACCAAAGGAUCUUGACAAAGACACUACACAUCGUUAUGGGCCAAAUACCUUCAAACUACACAGGUUGCCAGUUCCAAGGCCAGGGCAGGUUCUUGGUUUAGUGGGAACCAAUGGAAUUGGGAAGUCAACUGCUCUCAAAGUUUUGGCUGGAAAACUGAAACCUAAUUUGGGUCGUUUCAAUAAUCCUCCAGAUUGGCAAGAAAUAUUGACUUACUUUCGUGGAUCUGAGCUCCAGAACUAUUUUACUCGUAUAUUGGAAGAUAAUUUGAAGGCUAUUAUAAAGCCGCAGUAUGUUGAUCACAUUCCAAAAGCAGUGCAAGGAAAUGUUGGGCAAGUGUUGGAACAAAAAGACGAGAGAGAUAUAAAAGAAGAAUUAUCUGUUGACCUGGAUCUAUGUAAGGUCAUGGAUCGGAAUAUUGGAGAUUUAUCUGGUGGAGAGCUCCAAAGGUUUGCCAUUGCUGUUGUUGCUAUACAGAAUGCAGACAUUUACAUGUUUGAUGAGCCCUCGAGUUACCUUGAUGUAAAACAGAGGCUAAAAGCUGCUCAAGUUGUUCGAUCUCUUCUCCGGACUAAUAGCUAUGUGAUUGUCGUGGAGCAUGAUCUCAGUGUCCUGGAUUACUUAUCCGACUUUAUUUGUUGCCUUUAUGGAAAGCCUGGUGCAUAUGGAGUUGUGACCCUUCCCUUUUCUGUUAGAGAAGGGAUAAAUAUAUUCUUGGCCGGAUUUGUCCCCACUGAGAAUCUCCGUUUUAGGGAUGAAUCUCUUACUUUUAAGGUUGCUGAGACACCACAGGAGAGUGCUGAAGAAAUUGAAACCUAUGCUCGAUAUAAGUACCCAUCUAUGUCGAAAACUCAGGGAAACUUCACUCUUCGGGUAGUUGAGGGUGAAUUUACUGAUUCUCAAAUUAUUGUAAUGCUUGGUGAGAAUGGUACUGGGAAGACAACAUUCAUCCGGAUGCUGGCUGGUUUACUGAAACCUGAUACAAUAGAAGGUUCUGAUGUGGAGAUACCAGAGUUUAAUGUGUCUUACAAACCUCAAAAGAUCAGUCCUAAGUUCCAGUCUUCUGUCAGACAUCUUCUACACCAAAAAAUACGCGAAUCAUAUAUGCAUCCCCAGUUUGUCUCAGAUGUUAUGAAACCUCUCUUGAUUGAGCAAUUGAUGGACCAAGAGGUUGUCAAUCUGUCUGGUGGAGAGCUGCAAAGAGUUGCACUAUGCCUUUGCCUUGGAAAGCCUGCUGAUAUUUAUCUGAUCGACGAACCAAGUGCUUAUCUCGACUCAGAGCAGCGUAUUGUUGCCUCUAAAGUGAUAAAGAGAUUCAUUCUUCACGCAAAAAAGACAGCAUUUGUUGUUGAGCAUGAUUUUAUAAUGGCAACUUAUUUAGCAGACAGAGUUAUUGUCUACGACGGGAAAGCAUCAAUAGACUGUACUGCCAAUUCACCUCAGUCAUUGUUAACAGGAAUGAACCUUUUCUUAUCCCAUCUUGACAUCACGUUUAGGCGUGACCCAACAAAUUUCCGGCCAAGAAUCAAUAAAUUGGACUCUACUAAGGACAGGGAACAGAAACAUGCUGGAUCUUAUUAUUACUUGGAUGAUUAACUUAAUUUAAUACAUGCUCGUUUCUUGCUCUUUCUAAAACUGUAUGGAAAAAUAUUAGCUGGAGUAGUUUUCAUCUUUUCAGUGGCGGAGGCUGCAACGAUCUAAUCAUGAAUCUAAGAUUUUGAGCCAUCUUCAAUUCUGUGCUUCCUGUUGAAGAUAUCUAAUGAAUGAUGUUUUAAAGGUAUCAUAGUAUUUACUUUUAAGGUUUGACCAUGAUGUUUUUUACUAUCGAUUUUACACUCAAUUUCUUGUAUUGGGUCUUUUCUUAUUGUGUUGUGAGUUGUGACAUUGAACUCUUCAAUAUUGUUGAAAUUCUUUCAUAU